AUGGCUUUGGAUUCCGUGUUCCCAAAUGAUGACGACCCAUUUGGUUUGCUUGGAAAGCCACGUUUUCGACCUACGCGAAGACCUCGAAAGUUGGAGGAAAACUCUGCGACCGGUAAAGAUGUUUAUACAUCUACACAUGCCUCACUACAGGCCUUUGAGACUUGCGUUAUCAGUUUAUGACCCAAAAAGCUUUUUGUUUAUCUAAGUAUAAAUGCUGUUGCUUAUUUUUACAAGUGAUUUGUUCUUAUUCUAUUUAGUUCGUCUAUUUUCACUUGUGAUUCUAGUCAGUACUUCGGCGAAAUAUUGGUCCUACGGCCGUCUUCAAAUUAAGUUGGAGGCAAAAUAAUGUCCGAUAGGUAUUAUGAUCAACCAUGUCCGUCUUCCACUUACUGCGUUCUUGUCCAUUGAAAUGCGGUUCUGCAUUCCUCCGGAAGCAUCCAUUUGCGAGGGGGUGUUUUUACGCCCUUCUUUGGGUUUAUAAUUCACAAGUAUUCAGUGGCUUAGAGAUACAUGCCGAAAAACAGAUUUUCUCCUUCCAAUCGUAUCCCAGUAAAUGCAUCGGAAGUCAUCAAAAACUUCACUCAGAACGCCCAACCAACUAAUUCAGAGUAGGGAUCAUGGACACGGUAUGACUUACUGAUCCUUUAAUGGGGUCAGAUGCCGGUUAGGGCGCACAAUUCACACUGGAGACAAAACCACCCGAUAAAAUAUAACUUUUAAUUGUUAGCGUGGAAAAUGUGGAACCCUGGAAUCCAUGUCUUAGAUUAUAAAUAAAAGCAAGUGGCUCCCGUAACCUAGAGUGGCAGCUGCUCAUUCCUCUCAAAGUGGUACGAAAAUUCCUGGCCGGUUGGCGUGCAGCACCGGUUUUUAUGUCAACGUUAAGGUCCAAAAACCGGAACUAACCUGAUUCGACUCCCAAAUGUCGUUUCAAGUUCUGAGCGCGUGACAGCUAGAUUGUCUAGUGCAAAAUGUUAGGAUCCUGUCCUACGGUGACGCUUGCUUAUUUGAUACGCGUACUUUUCUCCUACUCGUCGACUACUCAGAGGAUAUCCGGCCCAUGCAAUUGCGUCCUACAAGAUUACUUUGUCCAGUUUUUCAGUUCACUCUUCACAUUUAUUUUGAUCUUUCUGCUAGUCUCGUUUUCACUUAUUUAUUAGCUGCUCUAUCCUCAGAAUAUACCAGCCUCAGAUAGAGCAUCUUAGGAUCUCGAUUCCGCUAUCUGAAAGCUUAAUUCUUGGCCCGAUUUGUCGACUUAAUCGUAUUUUAAAAUUUCAAAAUUCGAUUUCGCCUAUAGCCGACGUUGGCUUGGAGAAUGGUGUGUCGAAUAACAAUACUCGCAGUUAGCUUAGAGUUGAGCAGCUUAAUUGAUUAUAUUAACCAUGAAACUAAAGACAUUUCAAUCGAUUAGAUAGUGGAAGGUUUGCUUAUCGAUUUUUCUUCUGCAUGAUGACAUAACCAAGAGCUUGUUUGCCGAUGAAUAAGCAUUAAGUUAUUUUAUAGUUUCACUCAUUUCCAACACACCGGAUGAGGACGACAUUUUUGCAAUGGAUAUCAAACAACCAACGCAAAGGAAUGAAACCAUGCCAAGCAGCCUGUCCAUUUUGACAGGUAUUUUUGCAACUCUUCUCCAUGCUUAUGUAUAUGCUUGUAAGAGACGCGACAAAGUGGAAAUAACACAGUUGAAAACAUUGGAGAGCGCACCACUACCUCUCCUUCGCCCACCCGGUCGCUUUUAGUAUCUCAGACCAGAGCCGAACAGCCUUCUGCAGGUAGCCUUUCUAGCAGACGGAGGUGAGCGUCAGUAAACAUAUCUAACGUCUACUCUCUUGUUCCAGUUACUCGAGUCUAGGGGAAACAGGUGCGACUUCUCCACAAUCGACCCACAGCACGCGGCUUAAACCAACUAAUGUCGCCGUGAACUCAGAUGAUAUUCCGUCACACGGAGUGAUUUGUUCCGUAAUCGAUGCUGAGUAAGUCCCUCACAUUUGCCUAGCGCCUUCCUUUUUUGACCGAUGGAACCACGAUAUCAGCCUUCUUCCCCUGUGCCGCUGGAAAUUAGAGGUCUCCGCAGUCCGGUGCAGCAAAAUGUAACAGAGGAGGAGGAGGAGGAGGAGGAGGAGGAGGAGGAGGAGGAGGAAGAGGGCAGAGAGGCAAUGAUGUUGGCAGAGGAUCAAGAGCAGACUUAUGUUUCUGAGUUCUCUAGUUCUGACGAACAGGGGACUCCGUCUACGACUUCAGGUCGGCGAGAGGGUAAUGGUGCCGGUGCUGCCAACUGCGAGUACACUUGCAGGUAGGUUAUUUGGUACGCAAUGUUCAGCACUAAUUUGUGGCAAACUAUAGCCUUUCAGAGGAGGAUGAAGAGAAUGAGGAAAAGGAAGAGGAGGAGAAGGAGGAGGAGGAGGAGGAAGAGGAAGAGGAGGAGACUCAACAACCGCAGCACUUCGUCUCGAGCGAAAGGACAGUUUUAGUCAGCCAGGAGAGGCCGGGAUCGUGGGGUUCCGACGGAACUGGUCAGAAAAAGAAGUUGGAUUCGCCGCCGGUAACAGGUGGGUCAGAAAAGCCUCUUAUAACACCUUACUGCAGGCCAGACCACUUUUAAGCCAUCUACCAAGGAGACGGAAGGGGUGGAUUUCGAGGAAAUGGAAUCGAAAAGGGCGGAGAGGACUAAGGAAGAGGAGGAGGAGGAGGAGGAAGUGGUGGACGGUACUGGGGAACAUAGAAGGAUAGAGAAGGAUAUGGAUGACAAAGGACCUUCCCCAGAUGUGCGUUCUCCCCCUCCUCCAUCACGCAACGAGAUGACAGAAGUCGAGACGCUUGAGAGGUAAUUAACUGAGCAAAUGUAAAAGAAGGUUAACUAGAAUUUUCAUCAUGAAUGGUACAAUUAACUCCGAAGUUUUAGAUGCUGACAGAAAUAAAACGUCCAUAGUCUCGACACAGAAACUUGAGGUUUGCAGACAAGGGUGACGUAAACGAAGAAGAACCGUUAUGCCCAACUUAUAGGUGAUUGUAUUUCGGGCCAGAAGGCUACUUUGCAGUACCGCUGCCGAUCGCCUAACUGAACCAACGACACACGUGAAGAGUUUUGUUCUUCAUCUGAUUGGAGUCAGUUUGCCAUGUCUGUUGGAUUUUGUUAAUAAUGAAACGAGCAUAAUGCAUUCAGAGACCAAAUGGGCUGUGUGGAAUUUCGGUGCACAUUAGCAGGGGGGACGCCGACUGGCAUAAGAGUCCGAGAGAAGCACAAUGGGAAUGGGAGGAAGGAAGAUCAGGGGGUAGUGGAUGUGUCAGCAGGAGAACGGGCAAUGAGCAGAGCCCUCACAUGCAUUAAACUAUCAGUAAAGCUAACCAAACAGGUGUAGGUAUGAGUGACAUUGAUAUGGUGUGGAGUAUUUUCCAUCAAAACAAUAUUUGGUCUUUGUUGGAGUUUCAACUAGAACCGAAUGCGAAAUUUUUUUAGCAGAGGGAUAGCUAAUACCAGUGUUUUCCUGAUAUACUCUUACUAAGUACACCAGGUGCAUUAUGCGCCGCGAAAUGCCAACGCACUUACCGAUUGUCAGAUCUUGUUUCCUAAAUCACUUUUUGUUGAAAUUUUAAUAUGAAACGAUAUCAGGCCUCAUUUGGAAAAUAGGACCUCCCCACGCCUCAUUUCCCCCUUAAUCCAAUUGGUUACACGAGUAACUGAAAGUGCCCUCAUACACAGGCACUUCCUUUCAAAUUCACUUAAUCUCCGGAGUGUUUGGAUCAUCAUCAUCAUCAGCUCAUUCAUGGGAAGACUCUUAGCAAUUAGUCAAAGUGAAAGAAAGCUAUGGCGAAAACCAGCUUUCUAACAAUGUUAGAGAUGUAUGAAACCGAAAAACGCCGGCUGCAUGACAGGCUCAUAAGUUGUUUCCUUACAUGUUUUUCUACCUGAAGUCUGUCGUUAUUUCAAUCUCCAAAGGGAUUGCUCUGCGAGCUUGAUGGUUGCGGACUUGGCUUUCCGAGCGCUUACAUAACUGCCGAUGCAAUGGGAAAGGUAGAUCCUGUAAAGCAGUCGAAUAGGAGAUGCGAUGGUAUAAGCAAGGAAGUUAGUUGCUUGAUGUUUAGAAUUCCGCUCAAGCCCAUCAUUGGGGACGGCCGCAGGCAGAGAUAUUAGACUCACAAUAGGAACAUUAUUUAUAUUUUGGAGUCGCCAUGCGAUCACAUGCAUGUCGUAAUUAGCACUUCCCGUAUUCUAUGCAGACGGUCGCAAAUUAUGUGGUGGCGGCUUUCUUGUCUGCAACCAAGACGUCACCGGUCGCGAUUCCAUCGUAGGUGUUGGUUAUUGACAAAAUGAUUACUCGACUAUUCGGCUUGUGGAUUCCAUCACUGGAGGCGGUGUUCGUCCGCGAGCUCCUCGCGUGCCCGAUUACUCUGUCCACCUGAAGUCUCAGCAUUAAACAUGAAAGGACGAAGUCGUUGAGCUUGCUAAUAGACUAAAGACCGGAGAACCAUGACUCAAACAACUCCAUCGGUUGGCACCUCGCGCGAGAAUUUCGCUUUCGUCGCCCCUGGAGGUGUGGCCGGGUCCCGUCGAAUGAGCCGCAACCUGCGGGCUGACGUCAUUACUCCUUAACGCUGGCGCAUGCUCAGCCACCCACGAUCAGAGAAGUCUUCCAGUUCCUUCAGAAUAUUUGAUUUGUCAGCAACUGCACCAGAUCCGCCAAACGACCCCAGCCGUUUUCUGCCAUGGCAAGCAGUCUUUCGGUCUCAUGGCCUGAUGCCCUAUGGUUGUCUACGGUCUGUGUACAACUCCAACUCCAAUUGAUGUGAGAAGACGUCUGAUGGCUUCCGAGGUGUUAGUGAUGUACAACAGAGCUCGUCAAGACUUGAGGUCUAUGCAGUCCGCCUCUCGUUUUGUUUGCUCUACAGCGGUUGACAAAGUUUUGCGGGCAACCAUUCGUCCCGGGCACUUAUCGAAAAUGCUGCAGUGCGGCAAGCUUGCCUUUCAAGUCAUUGCAGGACGUCCCAAUGCGCUGGUGUAACAAACUCACGCAACUGUUUUUGUGACUACUAAAUUAGUUGCUCUUGAAACUAAGUACUUGGGUCGUAUUUGUCGCUUUUCCGAACGCUCUGCGAUAGACGAAACAUCAAGGAUGGUUAGUUGAUUAUUUUGUCUCUUACAUUGUAAACUGUUUUUUCAGGAGGGCGACAUUGGGGUGUUCGCCGAAACUCUACAUUUAAUGUCUUUCGAUGACUAUGAAGGUAUUAUCCACUUACCCAGCAUAUACUUUCAGUCUGUGGUCUAGUAGAAUGCAGACAUUUUUGAUCGCCUUAAAAUGAACAAGGAGGAAACACUGGUCGUUUAGCACAUAUGCGGGAAGUGGUGUCAAUAGCUGAGAAGUAGACCUUUAUGGUUAAUUUCUGAAUAAACACCAGUCGGGCCUAGUUCAAUGCAAACAUUCGUCCUCCGCACUAAGUUCCCAAUUUUUAUAGUUCUUUCUAACUAAGGUAUACACUAAAAAUUGUCAUACUCUUUUAGACUUCUAACUUCCAGGGGAGAAAAGGAGACUGUUUCGCAAUUUUUAGUUAGGCUGUCAACAAGCUCUAGUCAGCAGGAUUGACAACACACUUACUGUUAAUUGAAUACUUUUUUCUAAAGGGUAUGGCUGGUGGAAUCACAAAAUGUCACUAGUGUUGCAUUCUAUAUUAUUCCCGCGUCCUCUCUGGGCCUGUUUAGUGAGCUUUCCUUUUUCUCUCCAGUGCGCUAAGACCUGAAACUGAUCCUCGGAAGUCUCCGUAUGCUCAAAGCCAAACUUUGGAAAACAGUUCAAAUCCCAUUUUACCACAAAAGAGGCACUCUGCAGCGAGAAUCGGCGAGGCCACGCGCGGCGGGGUUGCCAUGGCAACUGGGUAAACAGACUUCCUCCUCCAAUUUAUCAUUAUAUUCAUGCAAUAGGCUUCGCUGAUACCCAUUAUGCGCGAUUUGGCAUGAUGGCAUUUUUAUGAAGGAACUGAAAUAUUCAGUGUGGAGUUUUGAGAAAUUACAGCAUAUUAGUUAAACACACAUGCAUAGCACAUUUCGACAGGCGAUCUGUGUAUUGUUUUGCCAAGUAGGGCUGACCGCAGCUUGUGCCCCGCGUAUGUAUCGGUAGAAUUAUUUGCAACACUUUCCACUUUCUUGGGCUUGAUUGGACACAUCGUGUAUCUUAGGAUUCCAGACAUAAAACCAUUUUGAAACUCUUAACUUGGUAAGUAACUGAUGGACUCAAGAUAAAGUCUUCGGGGUAUAAAAUCUCAACUUCGGCCCAGAGAAUAAUAGAGCACUGAUUUGCAUGUUAUCGGCAUUUGCGGACUCACCGCGCAAGGUUGCGACCCCUCAGAUAGACAGUAAACGGCAUGUUUGGCAUACGCACAAAUGGCAACAACAUACUCCCAAGUUAGAUUUCACCCAGAAGUUUGGGCUGGUGUCAUGUUUAGUUUAUAACCGUGCGUGUCGACGCCGUGUGAGUUCUGACAUACCAGUCGGUCCUCAUGCGUUUUCUGGUAUAUAAUUUCUUCACGUUUUCAACAAGUGAGCUUAUAGAUGGUGGUUGAGUUGGAAUGCCGGCAGAGUUAUUUUGGCGAAGAUCGGAUAUGUAGCUCCACUGGAAAAAACGAGAGGAAAGGAUUCUUGUCAUGCGGUAAUGGUGAUUACAGGAAUUUUACAAGGAGCGUAAGCGAAACUGGUAAAUAGCUGUUUUCGGGAAGUAGAAUUCAAGAAAUUUCAUUUGCACCGUCGGCUUGUCUAAAUGCACCGGCAAUGCGUAAAAAUGCGAACGCGCAACUUUAACUACUGCAAAUCGGUAGCUGUAAACUGGUAAAAAAUGAGGACUGAGGGCAUUGUUUAAGUAUUCUAAGCCAACUUAUUUCAGCCUGUGAUGACCAACCACAUUGAAGGAGAAAGUAUAGAGGAAACAUCGCUAAAUACGACUCUCCUGAUAUGCACAACUGAAAGCAUAAUCAGUGUUGUCAACGUUGAUAGUCUAGUCUCUGACCACUAACCACAAACCUAUGUCUAAAGCCGAACCUUAAACGCGUGGACCUAGCCCAGACCUAAAACCUGACAGUAAUCCUAACCACAAACUCCAACUUUGAUACCUGACCCUACCCAUUAACCCCCCUUACCCUAACCAUUAGCUCAAAUCCUAACCCCGACCUCCAUAUCCGAUACUUAAUCAUAACCUUGGACCUGAUUUUAAUCCCCUCUUCUAAUACUAAUCUUACUCCUAACCCCAAGUCGAGUACCGGCUCCAAUGGCAACACCCAAGGGAGGCGUGACAAGGAAUGAGCGAAAAGAAGAAGGUUAAAUUAGGCCUACCCAAAUGACAAAAGUAGAUAUUUCAUAAAAUAAGGAGUAUGCGGGGCCACAUAUCCAAUCAUCACUGUGCGAAUGGUUGAAGGUAGUACGCAGGCGCCUCCUACCACCAGAGGACGAAUCUAAUUGCCCUGAGAUAGGAGAUCGUAGUGCGACCUCAGUUUAACUGACUGAAACGGUCAGGAAUACUUACAUAUCCUAGAAUUUGGAUGGUCAAAUGACGAAUUCUGCUAGCAGACUUUAGGCGACACCACCCUCUGUGCCCAUUUCUACUCCCACACUUAUUUUCCCUUUGUUUCCGUUGGACCAAUUCGAUGGAAGGGGGGUAGACCAAUGCAUUGCAAAUGAGAUCGUCGAGGAGAUGAGCGAGCUGACGUUGACGCACUCGGAGACCACGACGAAACUACCGCAAAUCAAGCCGAUCCUGUCAUUGGGUCGAGUGUGUCAAAAACGCAGAACGUCGCCCCCGCUGGUUUCAGCCAGACGAAAGUUCGUUCAACCGGUGGCUGCCCAUCGCGUAGUUUCGGCUCGCUGUCCUGGCUCGACGUCGCCAGAACAGCCGGAGAGCAGUCGUUCCGAGAGCCACAACCUCCAGUCGGGAACAGAGGUGCGCGAAUUGGCCUACAAGAUCUGGUACCAGCGUCAAGCACGUCUUCUACGGACCAGCAGGCAGAAAGAACUGGAGGAAUUGAAAAAAGAGGAGGCGAAAAUUGAGGAGGUGAACUCACCGAUUUAAUUUUGUCGUGCAGUCUUUAAAAAUCUUAUCACGCCUGCGGACAUGAGAGACAGGAGGAAAGUUGGUUCAAAUGCUGUUUACUGAGGAACAUCCUUCUAAUAAGGCGCAGUCUGAUCUGUACGCUGUCGCCAAUGUACGAGUUGAGUUUCAAAUUAUUGACCAUUUGACAAACAGCCGAUCUCCUCGACGUCAAGAUAAGAGGUAGCAAAAGCAGGCGUAGUAGGCGACGGAGCUGAUAAAACAUUCAGAACUUUAUGAAAUAUCCCUAUUAACUAGAAGUCGUCCUAAAUGCACUGAAUUUAACUAACAACAACACUGUUUACGAAGACAACCGGUAAGUGGUAAUGCCAGUAAUACGAAUUUGUGAAACGCCAAAAGCGUACAAAUGUGUCAAACUAAUCGAUAUAGGUUCUGGAGGUGCAUAAAAAGGACCCAGACAAAUAAACGGAUUAGUAAAACAGGAUAAGCAGAAUGAAGUCUAAACAACCAUUUUAUCUAAACGUCGGGAUAAGUAUAUUCUAAGAACUAGUGUAAAUGGAAUACUGCCAUUUAUUUGAACCCCGUGACGGCCAUGAUACGGAUUCGCUUGGCAAAAAGUGGGUCAAAUUGACUUACGGAACACGUUUGUCAGACUGUUCUGAGUUUGUGUGGACCCGUACCUACCCUCACACAUGAGUAAGACACAGGAAUCGGAACUCCCUCCCGGUAAUACAGGUGACCUUGAGCAACAUUCAGUGGAGGGUAAAUAUCCCCGUGUUCUAACCCUGAUAUCAGCCUUAACUCUAAACUUAAUCAUAUCCCUAGCUCUGCCUCAGCCCCAGUUCGUGUCUUAAACUUAACCCCAACCCAAACUUUAACGCUUACCCUUAUCUCCCGGCAAAUCAGCAAAAGGUCCCCGGGAUGUGGCGAAGGGUCCUAUUUCCGUGUUUUGCCCUAUAUGCGUACGGCACGCUUUAUACGUAGGGCUUAUACAUCGCGAUAACUAAUGAGCCCAACCCCAUCACCCGUCGACCGACAGUCGACUGGUUCAUGAGAGAGUGAAAAUGGAGUGAAGCCAAUACCGGGAGAUUAACUUUCACGGCACGUUAGCGCAUCUCUCUCUGAAAUAAAUAUGACGCGCUUGACAGCCCCACGAUGUGUCAAGGGUUGUGAUUUGGAAGGUUGGCAACUGACGGGAUAACUUGAUCCUUCUCAGGACUGAGAGGCAGACUGCAAUACCCCCCCUUCAUUGUGGGCUUUAUGGCAUCCACACUCGGGUGAGAUCCAAACCAACCGUACAGCAACCUGGAACACGCGGUGAAGACCAGGGCGUGUGUGUGUGACAUGCGUCCACGUGUCGUUAGGUUUUGACCGUCACUGCGUCGCAGCCCACCUCAAGUCAUCUUGACAUUGUCUUGUUACCGGAGCGAGGUUGGUGACGGAGGAGAGAUUUACGCAACUGCAGCUCAAGCCGGCCUCAUUAUAAAGUGAUUCAAACGCAAGGUACUGGUGGCACUCACAUUCCGUGGGGACACUUGGUGGACGCUGACGUUUGCGAUGGUCAAACCGUCAUGUCAAUCGAUGUUUUUAAGUAGGAUUCGUGAUGAACCAGCCUAAUAGGUGUACAAUGUCUGAGGUAGCCCCCACUAACCAAUUAGAUUGCGGCCAACCUGUAUUAUCAUUUGGGCGACAGAAAUCUCCGAAGUUGGUUGGUAGGUUUUUCGUCUUCUAGAAUACGGAUGUACAAAUAGUUCCAUAAUACAUUAACACAUUUCAGCCUAGUUUUUCGAAUUAGUAAACUUUAAUAACAUUUUGGUUGCAUUUAUUUGUGUCAUGUCUCAUUCAGAGUCAGAUCUUCCCUUGCUCGACCUUCUUUAUGAACGACCUCUCCUCGAACAUUCCCUACAGUUAAACUAGUGAGGCCGCAAUUAUUUUCACCAUUCAAAAAGGUGUGGGACGCAUUUUACUUGCAGAGGAGAGGGGCGACAGAGACUGCACAUUGACUGAUAAAGUACUAUUUCGGGUUAAUUCCGCCUUUUUCUAGCCAGUCAUUAUCCUGGCUACCUUCUGGAACCAAAAGCACAAAUAUUCGCUCGUCCACGUCCAUAUCGUCUAGCAGAUGGGCCAUAAAAACUUCAUCGAACCAACGUCCGUCGGUGCCUCACUACCUCUCACUCUCUGUCGCCACGUAUCUGAUAUUUAUUCAAUCAGGACUGGGCGCACAUUGAUUUUUCGGCUUCCGGAAGCAACAAGCUUCCUACCUUCCCUCUUUUUUUUAUAACUACGUCGACUUCGGCCUGGUAAUUAGUUGCUUAUUCAUGACCCUUGCCGCCCAUGCUGCAAUUCUUUGCUUCGAAAAGCUAGUAACAUAAGUGGGCGCUCAGUCCUGAUCGAAUUAUACUUCUUUCAGCAUAUCUGCCAAAACGUAGUAACUCAUGACUUAGUCGACAGCCUGUGAGAGGUGCGGCUUCCAUAUUACGACUAGAUCUAUUUCUACACUAUCAGGGAUACGCAGCAGCCUAACUGACAUCGGCGGAAAAAGCCAGUAAGCAGAUAAAAUUAAUAUUCAUAGGUCAAAGGACCUGGUGUUGUGGUCGAACAAGCACAUGCGUCAACAGCGCGUGGCCCUCUCCAGCGUUGUCCCGGUUGCGCUUAAACAACAAGCGCCAUCAAGGAAAAAAGACCAGAUAACUAAAGGGAAAAAUUUAGUCAGGAACUUCGGCACUCAUUUUCUCAUGAAUGGCCGCUAUUGUUCCAAGGUCGCACAGCCAACCGUUUUAAUCCCUCCACAAUGAGUGUUUGACGGAAUAUGAACGAUUUAAAUUUUCCUCGAGACUAGUUCUUGGGUAUUGCCAAAUUCACUGAAUACCAGGAUGGCCAUUUCUGACUCAUAGUGCGUCACUAGUCAUUCAUACUUAAACGCCAACCCGUCAUUCGAUAUUUACACCCACAGCAGUUUUUACAGAACAUUUUAAGUCAACCAUUUUACCUUUCUAAUAUAAUUGACUCCAGACCGGAAACGUUUUCCUGUGGUUGGCGAGAGCAAAUAAACCGCAAAUGGCUACCGCCUGAUACAAUGACCUUGCUUGUACUGCCUUCCUUCGGAGAAGUCUUUAUCAACGCCUUCGUCCCCAUUUGUGCUAGAAGAGGUGUAAUGGCAAAAGGGGAUAAAGACUGUAAUAAGUAGUUUGCGGUUAGUUCACGCCAAUGCCGGGAAUUUGUUUAAAUGCAUGCCGUAGACACCGGAUCCUAUUUUGUCUGACUUGGCCGCAUUUCCGACUGUCGAUUGGCUUGAGAUUUGGUGACGACGCCGAGGAAAUCUGAGGUGUUGAUUGAAUCCUAAUAUUAGUUAUCGGUGCACCUCUGACGAUCUGACGUUACCGUGCUCUAUGGCAUCGUCCACGAGGGCACUAGCAUGGGCCUCUAGUAUCAUGCGUAUCAGCUCAAACUGGUGAAGGUAGUCCCACGUGAUUAACAUUUGGUCUUUGAUCGUCAUGUUUCUUCAGUUUUGCCACGUAUUGUAGUAGGAAAUUGGAUGGAUCAGUACGCCCCGUUCCACACAAUCGGUUAGCUUUUCAAAGAAGCAAGGGACGACUCAAAUGUCAAAUACGUAGGAUUCGGUUUUUAAAGAUGCCAGGGACGGCUCAGAUGUAAACUAAGUGGGAGCGUGAUAGAAAAAGAACCAUUUCAGUCUGACUCUCGGUCCACCGGUCUGCCACUCAACAUACAGGCAGGACUGACCUUGAGGAACGAAUUAUCUCGCCAGUUGGUAACCUUCUAAGCCACGAUUUUUAGUGUUUCACGGUAGACUCGAGCGCGUCAGCUUUAUUACAAUGAGGAAUAUGCGUUCAGUCCCGUGAGGAUGGAGCCCCCAGUGUCGGCUUCGGUUUCCCUUCUAUCUCCAGUGGGCCAGCUGGCGUCCGAAAGCGUCAGUCAACUGGCGGUGGGAUUUGACGCAUAUUGGCAGACAGAGUCAUGCUAAUCCGUCUACGUGUUCCACACACCACUCGUUGACCAAGUCAUGUGCCAGGACAUGUCUCCCACUUGCUUGAGAGGUGCAUAUUCUGCGCAUGCGACGGGUGAUGUGGGGCAGGUUUGUUCCUGGUGUAGGGAUGUGCGAACUGAGUGGGUGACGAGGCGAGGUGUAGUGAUGGGGUUCAGAUUGCGCCGUGUUGCUGCAGGUUUCCGUGGAGACGCAUAUGGCCGACUGUGCCCACGCGAUUCUCGAAUAUUCAUGUGCACUGUGUGGUGUUGAAGCGGGUGCGACGGGUGUAUGUUGAUGCCCCUGACGCUGGUUGAAGCUGUUGAAACUGUGAGUCCGCGGGGCUUGAGACUUGCAAGCCGCUCUUUUGGCUUUGGCAGCUGGGACCGGGAGGGUUUCAUGGAUUACUUCCCAAGUCUUCACUGCUGUUUUCUAUGCCCAUAGAUUUUGUGUAAGAACCUCCCAGUCCUCAGGGUUAAUUUGUAUAGCCCUGAGGUCAAUUUUCAGGGUGUCCUUAUAACGUCAUUUCCGUCCUGCUUGUCGGCGAGUAUUCGGGGCGACGUCGUGAAUAAUAGCUGCCUGGGAAGACAAUCCACAUCACCUUCCUUCCUUCCUUCGGCCUGACUGAAUGACGAGGACGUUCAGAAGAAACUACCCCGUUUCCGAAAUUACGAGACAAUGGGAAAACCGCUUGCCAAACUGCAGUGUCUGCAGUUGACCCGCUAUAUACCCAGCCAAACACUGCUUCAGGCACAGUCCGCCAUGCCUUUGUAUCAACUUGAAUUAUCUACAAUCUCUGCUUUUACAUCUUUUCAUUUUAAUAAAUGCGCUUGUCCAGUUAAUUUACACAUUGACCUUUAAGCCUCAGAUCACAAUUAUUCGCACGAAACGUUGGCGAUAGGUGAUCAUGCCGUAGAAAUCUAAAUCUUUUUGCAGAAAGACCGCGAAACCCGUGCAACAUUUAUGUGGCUUCACUUCUAGAUUUGUUUUAGCUUCUGCUUUCAGCGACCUUCCAGUGCUGAUCAGGAUAAUUUUAUAAGUGACAAUGUUGCAGGGUUUAUUUUCUUUUAACACAUGACCUUAGGCGACCGCAUUAAGCGACAAAUACUUUCGAGACGGUGCCAGCCGAUGUCACAGAUCGGAGGGUUCGAUCGCCAAUACAACUGCUAGGGGAAUGACCAUUUAGUAAUUUUCACUCGUUCAUACUAGACUUAGGCAAUUUUUGAAUCUUCAAAUGUCUUUUAAAAUAGUAUCUUCUUGUCUUUUGCGAUAAAUAUUUCAACGUAAUAAGCAGGCACCCUUUAAAUAAUUCCUCUCUAUACAUUACUCAGAGAACAGUCAUUUAUUGCACGGGUAAACUGAGUGCAAACUGGUCAAGCCCUUCAGCAGACAAUAUAACAAUUACUUCCAAGGGGAUCACAGGCCACUGAGUUCUCUUCAGAUUCCCAUACCUAGACGGUAAAGAUGGACAGGGAUUAGGGCCGGUGGGUGUUAAGUACAGUAACUAACGACGAAGGCGAAAACUAAAUGGCCUUCAAGCACUCAAUGAUUUCAGAGUACUUGCGUCACAGGCAUUUGUUUAAAGCCCCAAACACGCCUGUUUCGCCCAUCUUGUGCUGCUGCAUAACGCAACUGUGAGGGCCGCGACUCGUCAAUGCGCUUCCUGGCGCUCCCGCGUGCCUUCCCUUACAUGGUUUGGUUUUCUGCUGGUGUACGUCGAUUUUCUCCUUAAGAGGGUGUCAUGUCUCUUUCCUCCCUCUCAACCAAGGAGGUGAACCGCCUUCAGGAUAGUCAACGUGUCUUCCUAAUGUGGAAGGAGAAGAAGGAACAACAACUGUCUGAGGAACGUAAGAAACGGAAAGCGGCUGAAGCACAGAAAAUGGAAGCCGAAAAGAAGGCUGAAGAACAUAAGGAGGAGGCUCAGAAGGUGAGGAUCACUAUGCAUUACACAAAUAUAGGGAAAAUUUUAAGUAGCGUCCACGAUAUAUGAGGGAUUUAUACUAACCAGAGGACAGCGAUGGAUUUUUCUAUUCUGUCUUGGUACUCGGGAUCAAGAGCCUAUGCAGGGUGUCGUGUAUUAACCAAGGAACGGUCAGUGAGAAGUGUCAACGGCACUGAUUGAGGACACUGGAAUGACCAUUUCUGAUUUAGUCCUCAGCUCAAUUUUCGCAAAAGCAGGGGUCUGAAAUUGUCUCUAGUAACCAGCGGUGAUUAACGAGUGAGUUACUCUAUAGUCAGGCAGACUUACUCCCCGUCUACUUCACUCAGUAUUCCCACCCACAUCGCGCUUCAAUAGCCAGGAGAGACAAAGGCGACCGGAUUUAGGUGCGUCAAAAAAAACCUUCCAAAGCGUCUAACUCCACUAGGAAUGAGUCCUUAGGAUCGUCCUCGGUCUCCGUCUUUCUCUUUUCAUGAGCCAGUACCGUGUCCAACGCAUCAACCAGCUGGUGAUGCUAUUAGACGGAAGCACGCCAACUUCAGCUUCUGGCGCAGAUUUGGUUUGAGUUUGGGUCUAGUGAUUCAAGCUGCAUCCCUGACCACGAGAAGGGACCUCUCGAGAUUGAUGGCCGUCAACUCGAGGAAAUAGACAAUUUUAAAUGCCUCGAGACGAGGCUGCUGCCGAAUGGGCAGAGUAAGGAGGACAUUGUCUCCCGACUUGAUGCUGCCCACCGGGUUUUCUCAAGCUUUGGGAAAUGCCUUUUUAUCCGACGCUAUUCAGAUUCACAUGUACCGUCCAUCCGUCCAGUCUGUCCUACUCUAUGGUUGUGAAUGCUGGACUGUGCGCGUGGAGGACGAGCAAAAACUGGAGGUUUUUGACCACCACUGCGUGAGGACGAUUCUUCGAGUGAAGUACACCGACUUCUUCUCAAAUUAGGCGGUUCACACUCUCUGUGACAACAUCACAGGGAUAACCCAUGCCAUCCAAGGAAGACGACAGAGGUAGUUUGGGCAUGUUUUGCAUCGUCCACCUCAGCAGCUCGGUGUUACUGUUCUCGAUCCGACAACGAUACCACAUUGGAGGCGUCGAAAAGAGGGUCAACUCAAAACCUGGCUCGACAGAGUCCGUCAAGUCAUGGGAGUUGCUCCUGGUCCUUCGGUAUUCAGUCUCCGUCGUUGGUGAAGAGAAUAAGUCGAAUUAUCCAGAUCUGCUGCCGCGGAUAGACUUGCGUGGGAUAUCAUCGAGAUCGGCUAAAUCAGAUAUGAUCACAGCCUUACAAAGUACAAGUAAGUACUCAUUAAGCACUUAAAUCCAAAGCUUUACGGACCCGAGCUACCGGACUGGUGUGAUUCCGACUGAGAUUGGAAGAAUUUGUUCGUACGACAGUGACGUACAUUAACUUAUCCUGACUGCAGGAUGGAACUUAUCAUUUCCGAUUUGCCUUGAGGCUCUGGGCCUGAGAUUGUUUCUGGCCGUCACGUGACAAUGGACAAACAGUAGUCGAGAAGUGCUAAAAAAAGAGAUAAGGAGCAUUACAAUAACCAUUUAUUUCCAGGUAAACCACAAAUCAGAUCUUCCAUUUCGACGGCGCAUGUAAAGAAUCUCUUCAGCACUAGCGAGUCCCCGAUGACUUAAAAAGUUUAAGAGUUGUGAAAAUCCCCAUAGCUAUAUUCAGAAGACAAAGGGGCAAACGAACGUUGCUUUCAAUGACUUCUAGUCAGGCCAGUAGAGUUAUAUGGUCCACUGAGUUAAAAAAAAUCGAUAAAAGUUAGUUUUUAACAUAAAGGCUAGGCGAGAGCGGAAGGGCGCCGAAAGUUGUAUAUGGUUAAUCAACCUUUGACCACGGUAGGCGCGGAGCCUGAACGAGGUUCUUCAGGGCGCAUAGGGUCAGUUUUCGUAACCUGAUGGCUGCCGCCUCUGUUGCUGCUAAAAGGCGCUGGCCAGGGUAGCUUAAGGUAGCUCGAGGGGACCUUAUCAAUCACACGAACUUCUUCAGCGGGGUCCACACGAUGCUCUGAAUCCACUGAAUGCGCAAGGAUGGCGCUGCCUAUUCUCCUAGUUUCACCUUUUGCCAGCCAUGCGGGGAGGUGCUCUGGUAUUCUUUUUGGAAAGGAGCCGACUCGUACCACCAAUAUAACCUGCUCCACAGGAGGAAGUGAAUGAGUAGACGCACAUUGAGGCGGUCUGAGGUGGCAGCCCAUCCUUGCCUUCUCCGCCUAAAAUAGGGUUAGUAGAAAAUGAUAUGCGAACCCUUGCUUCUGGGAAGGUUCCCGAGACAGCUUGGUCAAGUUGUCUUCUUAGGAGUUCAUUCGCAGCGUCUCCUUGGAAAGGAGUUUUGAGGAACAACGUUUUCUUUUCGGCGGUCAAUGUGGUGGGUUUUGCGGGUCAUUCGGCAGUGUUCAUUGCCAUUAACCUGUCAGGAUAGCCGUUUUAGCGAAGUAAGAGCUGGAUUUUUCUAAGUUCAUCCUCGACACCAUCUGUCGAACAAUUUUUUCUAGCUCUUUGUGCAAACACCUGACUAGAUUUCGUAUGUGUUGGAGAGGUACGAAACUAGCGAAGUUCGUGUAUUGUCCAGACCAGGUUUUCUUCCGAUAGACGCUCCUUCGGAUGCUACCGUCAGAUCUCCUGUUUAGAAGGACAUAUAGGAAAGGAAGCGAACCGGCCGAUUCCAUCUCCAACGUGAAUGUGAUCGACGGAUGUGCCCGGUGUACAGCAUUUAGGAGGGCAGCAACGUAGGUUUCUGUGGUUGCAAUCGCAAAAAUAUUAUCAACGUUGCGACCGUAAUGUUUAAACUUUUCGAUCUGAUCGCUUACUUGAAAUCUCUCCAGCUUGCCCAUGAAGACAUCGGCUAUGAGAGGUUCAAGAAAAGAGCCCAUAGCAACGUCGUCUAUUUGUCUAUAUUGUUGGUUGUCAAAAAGGAACUGCACAUUUAACGUGCACCCUAGAAAUAUUUCCUUGAGUGUGUUCAUCGGCAUUCCUAUCUCUUGCUGACUGGCAGAUAGAAAAUCACAGGUGCAGUUUUGGUAGAUUUAAAGAUCACAUGAGAAUUUUACCUUUGGUUGUGCUACGAAAGCCCAUUGCAGUCUUUGUGUCUAGGCCUUUUUAGCAUGGCGCAAAAGCAAGGAGAAGGAACUGAAAAAGAAGACUUCUUCCAAGCCAACUGACGAAACGGUCGACGAAAUAGCUAAAAAGGAAGAAAAGACGAGGGAGGCGAAAGCGGCUUAUGAAGCCUGGUGAGCUGUUCCUCUUUUAAGCUUGAACUCGGUUUAGGGUACAGGAAUCAAGAAUAAUAACAACCGUUCGGAUGAUAGGCAGUAUUUUAUUAAGAUCCGCGAGAGUUGCGAAAAAAACGCUGAACAUUUUUUAGGAUUUGUCCUUAUUCGGACGAAGUCCUGCACAGAGGGAUGUUCACCUUUGUACCGAUGUGUUUCACUUACUAGUGAUAAACUACUCCUAUAGAAAGAAUCACUCAAUGUAUUAGUGUCGCGAUGGGAUGAACUGUGUUCACAGAAGCCCUUUAAACCUAAAGGCCGACGUUAACUGGAAGCAUCUUCUUCGCGACUUUUAUAAAUGUGCACGGGUUGUGACGAUAGGUACUUUGUACCUAAAGAUAUUAACUCUUUGCUUUUGUUAUUUAAAGUUGAUCUUUUUUGGAAAUAAAAAAUGAAAUUUAAAAAGGUACUGCCGGAGGCAAGGCCAUAUAUUAUUUGUGAAUCUAGUACUCCCUCGCCAGUAUUACAGUUGACUUUCGGCUAAAUUUGCGGCCGGAGUACCUAUUCAUGUGUACAACCUUGAACCAUAGCCCCAACCGCAAGCUCUUGGAAUUUAGCGCAAGGCAACCUGUAAUUCGGUAAGAUUUAUUCCCGUGCCUCAUAUAUUUGCUUGGCAUCCGAAUAAAUUCUACGCAGUCUCGUAUUGCCGACUGUCCAUCAGACAAAAACCCUAGACGCAUUUUGCGAACUGGACAGCUUUUGAAACGAAUGAUCGCCAACAGCAAACUUGAGGUUCGGUUUUGGGAUAAUAGCAGACAUUUUCACGCAAGUUGGCCGAUGAUGUGCCCUGGUAGCUUCAUGUGUAUUCGCCUUAUCGGCGAACACUUGCAACGACGUCGCGUCGAAGAGUCCCGUGGGUAAUCGCUCCUCAUCCAUCCUCACAACUUGGCCGCUCUGUCGCUGUUGAGUUUCCCUAAGUAUGGCAUGGAAGCUGAAGAUUCCAGCCCAGUCAGGGAUUUUUGUGUCCAGAAUCCUGUGUUACCACCCCAUCUUCAAUAAUAGUCAAAGUCAACUGAAUAGGAAACGACUUAAUUUCCAGGCUUUUUCUCAUAGACUCCCCAAGUCUCUGUCCGGCACUUCGGUGUCGGCAAGAUGACACCUUGGUCUACCUUGAGCUUGGAGUUGAGAUGGAGACCACGGCGAUUCAAUUCGGACGCCUGCAAGCGGCCGAAGGCCUGACUUGCCUUGGUGAUCCGGUAAGCCCCGUCGGCAUCGGUUUCGAUGCCGCAUGAACGCGUACUGCCUAAAUAGGCGAAAUUGUCCACGACUUUGACUUGGGUGCCGCUGGCAGCGAUAAGAGGAGCGUUGUAUUCAGUGCUGGGUUGCGACCACCGUCUUGUCCGUGUUAGAGGUCAGCCUGAAGUCUGCGUGAUUGGAGGCGCAGAGGUCCAUGCUUCUUUGCAUGACCAUUUCGUCGUGGCAUGAUUUUGCACUGCAGGGUGGUCAUUUUGGUUUGGCAAAUCGAUAAUGUCUAAUUUGUAUGGUAGUAUCAUGAAGUUUUGCCUCGCGUAUGGAAAGCUUUUCAACGACACCAUAUCAACAUGCAGGGAGGGGUGGGUGCGUACCUCGUAUUAUCUAUCAGACAGAAAUGGAGGAGAACGAGAAGCGGUCAAACCAUAAUCUAUCGAGAUGUUUAAGAACAUGAUCUUCUCUUCUUUGCUUUUGGAAGCCCUCAGGUGUCUUUGACUAAACCACUCUUAAGAUCGGUAAUCGGGGAAACAAAGACAGUUCAAAGCACACGUCGAUCAGGACUGUAUCGUGCUCGUCUUGUUCUGUGAUUUUUCACCGACUCUCUUCGAAUUGGUGGCAGACUCAGUUUUUCAUGACGCGCUGGCAGACCAUUGGAAUGUCGCAGUGAGUCACUGUCCAUGCGCAGCGGAUUCGGCCUUUACUGACGGUGCUGAAGUGGUGACACAUUUUGUAGAAGUCCAUUGUUCUGUUUUAUACUGGCGCUAGGAGGCAACUGAAGCGGGUUUCCGGUGACCUCGGUCCGGCUACCGUAGACGGUGAAAAACUUGGGCUAGUAGACCGCUUGAAGUAUAUUCAAUUAGACUUUCUGCUAUCGAAAAGGUGAAGGUGAAAUCGGCUUUCAAACCAACCACGCAGGUCGGCUCUUCGUUCAACUUCAUUGAGACAUCCGAAAUCGACAUGAAAUCAGUCUGACAACCAAAUUAAGACUGCACAAGUCCUCAAUAUAGACGAAUUUGAAAUAUGACCCUUACGACCUGAGGAUUUACACAAAGUUUAGGAAUUAGAUCGAUGAUGCCCAUAUUCUCUUCUCUAAUGUCCAUUCACCGAUCAACGUCUGCAUACAAACACCGUGUUAUUAAUUAUGCUGACGGCAGGUGAACUAUCUAAACGCCCAGACACGUGUUUCGCCGAUAUUCUGCCGCUAUAUGACACAGCUGUGAGGGUUUCGACUCAUCGGUUGAAAGUGUCAGUCGAUCAGAUUUUUCAGUGAUGAUUGCAAAGGCAGAUUUAUUUUCUCGACACGGAAAAACGUCACAAAUCUUCUGAAAGUGCUUAUAUUUCCCUAAACCUUUAUUGUCUCGAUCUACGUUGCUUCAAAUUUGACUGUUUAAUCACAAAGUAGACUUUGGUCUGGAACGCACGCUCGACUUAAGCAAGGGGUAAUAUGCCUCUUAUUAGAGUUUCUCGAGCAAAAAACCUUCCUUUACCAAACUGGAUGAGAGGACUCCACCUGUCGCUAGUUGGUGGCGUGCUGUGCAUAUAAGAUUUAGGGACAGCACUUACUAUCACCGGCCGCGCAAGAUUCUUCUUUUAUUUUAGUUCCUGACAAAGCCAUGGACACAUAGUACUCGAAUACCGCAUCCUUUAUUAAAAAUCAUUGCAAUUUCGGUCUGUUAGUUCUUCUGAAAGUAGAAUAUACCAAUGGUUUCAGAGCCUCUCUGAAAAAUUAGGGGACUGCACCGAUGCUAACUGAAUCCUCGCCACCGACUGCUAAGAUCAUAUUCAACACCGACGGCGAUAAUGACAAUGAAUAGUGUCUACACGUUCAGUCCAUGUAGCCAUGCCAUGUAUGCCGCGUAACAACAGAAAAUCGGCGAAAUAAUGUCUGGGCGGGCAGAUAACACACAUGUUGGAAGCGUGUUCAAACCGUUUGGCAGACAUGACUUUUUAAAGCUCUACGUCCCUUAGGUCUCCAUACAUCGACGUCCAUUUUGCCAUUUAUUAUGUCCACAGGCAAAAGCAAAAGGACGCAGAAAUGAAGGCGAGACUGUUGGCACAAAAACUUCAAAAGCAGAAAGAGGAGGAGAGGAAGCGUGAAGAAAGGGCGCAGAGACGACAGGCCGCACGAGAUUCCUACACAGCCUGGGAACUCCGUAAGGUAUGUAUUCAUAUUAGUACAAUACAAUUCGGAAAAGACAGUGCUCACGAGAGUUUAUCUGGAAAAGUUUUGCAACCCCCAAUCUGGUUUAUAUAGACAGUGCGACAAGGUGCUUUCGCUGUUUCCGCGGUCAAUGCCAACUCUGCUUCCUUUACGGCGGUCGUAAAGUCAACAUGGUUUGUGAUAAACACUACUACAACCCAAACCCAAGUAUAAACUAGCAGAAGGAAAGAAGAAAUCAUCCACUAGAAGGGGUCUAUUUUGCACUAACCCUGGUGUUUCAAGUCAGCCAGGCUUUGCGAGGCCGGUGAGGACCGUACGUAAAUUCACGAGACGAAGGCGCGCGACAGUUUUUAGGCAUCCGAGAGGAAAUGAGUAGAACAACAUGAGAUGGUUGAUUAUCCCACAUGGACGUCUGCAGUGACUGGCGAGAGAGGGGAGGGAUAUUUAUCUGAUAUACGUACGUAGGCUCCGGUGCCUCUAACAAGAACGAAAUUCCUUGGACUCCUGGCGAUGUUCGUCGCCUAAAUAGAGUGUUUGAAUGGUAGCAUGGAGUAGGGCAAAUCGUCGCAUGUCAGAACAUGCACAUUUAAUGCAAACGGAGAGCAUGUCCUUUGAUGUAGCCUAACACACUUCGUGUUUGUCCCCACGUAUACGUAGAAGGGUUGUUUAGUUCGGUCUUCCCCAGGUGUCAGAGAGACUGGAGUUCUUCCCCAAAACGGCAUCUCUGUUGGCAACAAGUCAGUUUCAAGCAUGACUAAAGUAUACUUUUCCUCUUAACAUCAACUAUAGACUCUUUUGCAUGACUCAGCUGAGAAUGCUUACGGGCGUAUGAGAUCAAUGGUUGAGCAUUUUGGUCAGUACUCUAUAGCACAAGCAAAAUGGUAGAGGGGCGCCCACCGACCAGGUUACGAAACGUACCCGCCCCGUUGUGCCCUGAAGCUCAAAUUAGAGCUCUCGCAGGCAGUCGUAGUGUGGAGAGGUAAGGUGUUACCGACAAAGGCAAGGAAGGCCGGAAUCUAUUGACUUCUCCAAAAGGUCCUCUCAUUUUCUUAUCACAGUAAAGCUUUUUUGCCCAUACUUUAGCCCAAAACAACCUUUCAACGUUAAUUUGGCGUAAGGACAUUAAAGGACAACACGGACCAAAUCGCACAAAACUCCUAAUUUGAAUAGUAGCUCCAGUAGCGCCUUCCUCAUCGACCUGUGAUCACUUAUUCGUCAGACGUAAAAGUCGGUUUAGCUGGCAGCUGAGUUUCGCUGAAUGUCGUCCCACCAGCGGCUACCCGUGAACAGUAGCUAGGUUGAGAGGCAAGCUCGUUUUCCGGGUUGGGCAUCAGGUUGACGCCAAAGAAGCUUAGAAGUCACGGAGCCAGCACAGCUGAUGCGAUUGCGAGAAGGCAUCUAACAGCGAUAAUGCAAGCUAACUUUGUGUGGACAAUGCAGAUGGGAGUAGACCAUGCAUGCCGCCCUCCAACCCCGUCACUAGUUCCACCGCGUAGGCCGAUUAGAAGCGCCUAACAGGCUGAAUAAGCUUCGCCCACUUAUCGCCUCAUUGGUGAAGUGAAUAAGAUAUUGGCGACCAGGUUUAUUGAACACAUGGUCCUCCGAGUAUAUUGGUGGAAAGUCCCAUUGGCUACCACACGUCUACAGACAAUAGACAGCAUCUAAUUUCAUACAUAUAUCCAAGUGGACUUCGACUAGAUGGGGUACCGGAUAACCGGGUCACUCCUAUAUUCGGGAAAAAUACCGAAGAACAGAAAAAGACCUUCCAACGGCCUAUAAAGUUCUACGUCGCAACAUACGCCAUGACCAGGAGAAGACGGUCACAUGGAACUUAAAAAUACCGAGUAAAUACGACCCCUCGACUAAUUCACCUGAAAGGUGAGCAUAGGUGCAACCAACCUCCAUUGAGGUGACGACACCCAACGCAGGAGGUCGCCAUGGUUCACAAAAAACGGCCAGAAGGUGAAAGCAUCGAAAGAGGUAAAAAUCUAUCAUCCAAACGCCGACUAAUGCGGCCGUUUGCUUGAAAUUCUGGUCGGUUUUUUGCACAAAACGCUUCGAUAAUGGACCGUCGGCCAAGUCCUUCAAAACGUCAACCAUAUAAUUUCUCUGACCCGUUGAACCCGACACAUUUCUCAUAAAAAGACCGCGUCAGAAACCUGUCGUUUAUGUUUACCAUUCUGUUUAAUUAACACUUUGGAAGUAAAGUUACAGAGUUAGAAAGUGUGAGGGUCAGGCUGAUGCGAUAGAGUGCAUUUCAGGCAGAAAGCAUGGCUUAUGUUUGCUCAGUCAAGCCGUUGAUGUUCAAACGUAUUGGCACCCCGGAUCACGAUAAUCUGUUAGGUGUGAGAGCUCGAGACAAAUGAUACGGAGAUGCAGGCACUGAGACCGAAACACAGGGACGGAUUAUGCGACGGACGUCGCUUGAUGAGUGAGAAUCUUGGCAGCUAUAAAGGAGUGUGACAUGGGUAUUCACGGGCUCAUACAAGAUCGAUUUUGCCACAACUUUGAUGCUAAUCGAUAGUUUACGAGCAAAUUAGGUUAUACUGAUCGGGAAGGCCGAAAACACACUUUGAGGGGUUGGUGACGACACCAUACUUGUCGAGGCGGUCCAACACCAAGACAAGGCGCUCAUAUUGCUCAUCCGCAUUCUGACUGGCCACCAAGAAGUCAUCGAUCGAGCCUCUGGAACGCUUGGCGGCAUUACGUAGACCGAAAUGCAUGCGGAUGAAUUCAGAGGCCAAAAGGUUUAGUGCUCGGCCCAGCACUUCACAGUCUGCGACUUCUCCUUUAAAAGCGUUCAUCCAUCAGAGCUGCAAAGUGGUGCAAUUCCUUUGGUCGGGGGGCCGUAGAUCGCCUUGAUUGCAGCGGAAAGAUUACUUGAGUCGUUGCGGUCGGCGUAUGCCUGAAUCUCCUCGGCCUUGCGAGCCAUCCAUUAGUCCAGCAUUUCUCGCAAUCGCUUCUACGCUAGGCGGCGACAUUGGUAGAAGGUCGCUUUGUUCUCGUCGGUUGGGUGGUCGAGGUAGACUCCGUGCAGCCUGCUCUCGGCCAGCAGGUUACCCCAUAAAAGCUGAACGAAUUACAGUGUGAUCCAGACUUAGACAAUGGGUAAUAGACAAGGCUACUCGAAACUAAAUGUUUACUCGAAAAACACAUGAUCGCUGGAACAAGAGUUUUAUUAGCCUGACGUUCCGGACUCUCACUCGAAUCCACCAUCAGAGACAGAGUCAGAAGAGGGUGGUAAAUUGCCCAGAUGUUGCAGUAUUUAUAGGGUGUAGUUGCUAGGCUGCUGCCUAUCGCAGUUGGCAGCUCCUGAAUGCAUCACGGCUCGCAGGCGUUGGUUUUUGAGAGGUGACUCUAAAAAAACGAUUGUGAUACUGAGAUGUUUAAGCAGUGUCAUACAAGCGCCUUUUAGAAUGCGAUGUCUGCACAGUGUUGCAAUCGUCAGGUUACUCUAAGUGAGAAAUAAGUAUGCUGUGAUUCCAGCAUAGGUAGUGUUCUUCAGUUAUCCAGAUCACGGUCACAGCACAUGCCGUUUACGGCAUGGAAAUGUCCCUAUCGCGUUACGUCUGUAGUACUUGCGUAUUCGCAAGACUCCGCACGCGUGUACCUUUGCACAUUAUCUGAAUAGGGUAAACCGCGAAACUUAUUGGUUCAGCUACCAGGUACCGUCCCACGUGUUCGUUGAUUUCCGCAAUUUUCAACCGGGUCAUAUGCAGUAAAGAUUAUAGAGGGUCACCUAAAACGAAGGUUAGGGUUGUCUACUGUUAAAAAUUCAAUCACCCACUGACUCUAAUCACUCGUGGACCACCGGACAGCCCGCUACCCUCGGCGCCAAUCAGUCUUGCGGCAUUAUCACCUGUGGGGCCGAAUGUACCAUUAACACCGGCACGAUCAUAUUAUACUGAGCUUGAAAAGGGGAAAGCAAAACUACAAGGACAAGGCAUGAGCUGACACUAAGUGCGGUGAGAGCAGAAGUCAGCAAGAACGCGGAGGGUGCUAGAGCAUAGAACCUCAUUGUGUCACGUUUGGACAAUCCCGAUAACCAUCCUCCGAGGAAAAUAAUGGGCGAACUUACAGAAAAUUCUUCGAAAGAGACUCUUUCAGGCUCGGACCGAAAGUUGGUAUGAAUAUUUAGACUGAAAUCCAUCAGCUACUGCAGAAUAACCGCGCCGUAUUGACAACCUACCAAAGGCAGCCAGGAGUAUACUAUUGUGUAAUUAUUUGUCAUACUGACGGCACAGGUACUAUCUAAAGCCCAGACACGCGUGUUUCACCGACCCAGUGCGGGGGUUCGGCUCAGCACCAACUCCCCUGGUUUUUUUUGGUAUAUGAUGACCGUACACUUGACCGAGCUGAUUACCUCUAGAUUGGCAGUUUUUUCUGACAAGAUCUCACACUUUUCAGAUUCCAAGCCGAAACUUAUUAAGCUAUACACCUCUCCUUAUUCUCCAGGCAGCUUCCAUCGACAAUUUGAAGCCUGACUCCGCACAGUUCGUUCUCCAGCGCCAGGCGUGGCGACCACCCUCAGCACGGAUUCCCAGCUUUAUCUAG